UUAAAAAAUAAAUAUCCGUUUUUAAGAUAUUAUUUGCAGCCUAUAAAAUAACGCUUAUAUCUUCGGUUAUUUUCUCUCGGCGUCCGUGCCCCUAAGUAGUCGUGCCUACUCUCUGCUUGCAGAGCUUCCCUACAGAUCUGAUCCCACCCAACCAGAUCUGUUUGUUGCCUUGUGCUGUGGAUUGUGUGCGAUCGAGACGUUUCUCUUGCCUUGAUUUGAAAUUUAUUGCUCUUCUUUUUGGGAUUUUGAAAGGAAUGCUGUUGAGGUUCAGAGAUACUAAUCUUAAAAGAAAAAGGAGAUCAUGGGUCGUGGAGUUAGCAGUGGUGGGGGCCAAAGUUCAUUGGGCUAUCUUUUUGGAAGUGGAGAGGCUCCAAAGCCAGCCACAAACAAUACUGCUCAAGAUGCUCCGAAGCCAGCCGUGAAUAAUGCCACUCCAAGUGAAGGGCAGGCUGCAAACAAAGGGUCUGCUUCCAAGCCUGUGGCUGCUGCUCAAUCAGUAGACAUUACCAAGCAGGUUCCUGCUGGUAUCCAUAGCACUUCUACUAACAACUACUUGCGAGCUGAUGGCCAGAACACUGGCAACUUCAUCACGGAUCGACCCUCGACUAAGGUUCACGCUGUCCCUGGUGGUGGAUCAUCUCUGGGUUACCUCUUUGGUGAUGAUGGAAAGGGUCAUGGGCCUCCUGGCAAAUGAAAAAUGCCCUGUUAUCUUGCUAAUGAAAGUAUUUUCAUUGAUUUUUGUGGAACCUUCUGUUUUGGAUGUUGCUUUGCUUUCAUCCUUUAUAAGACAUUGUGAUGUAAUAUAUAGGCGUGGUGGUUGUUUUGUUUAUUCAAUGGAAGAGAGUACUCAUGCAUAAAGCAUCUAUUACAGAGAGCUCUUUAUUGUGGACUGAGUAAAACAUUUCCUAGUGCAUACCAGUUCACAAUUUGUUUAUCAUGCUCAAUGUAAUUUGUCCUUUCUUCUUC